AUGGCAGGACGGAAUCGCAGUGAAGGGAUGGGAUGUAGCGGAAGGCGGCUGGCGGCAUUAGCUAUCCUAUCCUGUGAGUCCGUGAGCAGGGGCUCUGUGCCCUCCCGUGACAGAUACUGCGCAGUGACGAUGCAAGAGACUUGCUGCCUCCCGUCCCCCAGCUUGACUCAGAGGUUCCGCUUGCUUCAAGGGCUGCGGGGCUGCUUCAAUGACUUGAGCAGUAGCAGGAUGGGAAGGGGAGGUCUCUUCAUCCCUGGAGGGAGCAUGAAAGCGUUGCCGGGGUUGCUGAGGCGUCAGGCUCGGUCGGGCAUGAGAGGAGGCCAUACUCAAGGGGGGCAAGUUGUUGAAGGCUCGCGUCUGAAGAGGCUUGCGGCUAUUCUUGAAGUCCUUGCAAGCCUGUUCCCGCUGUGGGUUGUGGUGGCAGUUCUUGCUGCUAUUUUCAAGCCCGAGACAGUAACUUGGCUACAAGGCAACUCAAUUACAGUCGCUGUGGGGGCAACCAUGGUCUUCACCGAACAAACCUCUAAUAAUGACAAAGGCAUGACGCUGACGAUUGACGACUUCGUUCGAAUCCUCAAGGAUCCUGCUCAAGUCUCCAUGGGCUGUCUUUGUCAGUACACACUCAUGCCAAUUUUGGGAGUCUUCAUCUCCAAAUUCCUCAAACUCCCCAAGGACAUCGCCGCUGGUCUUAUCCUCCUCUCCUCCUGCCCGGGAGGCACCUCCAGCAACCUCAUCACCCUCAUUGCCAAGGCGGCCAUCGCUACUCCUUCCUUAGUUGCCAUGAACGCGGGCAGUCUGGUCAAGAUUGACCCUAUCGGGCUCGUUAUUUCUACCAUGCAGGUUGUUCUUGGACCAGUCGCAUGCGGUCUUGCCGUCCAUCACCUGUUUCCUCACUCUGCCGCCAUGGCAAAGAUUUUCACUCCCUUCAUCUCGGUGAUCAUGGUCUCUCUGAUCUGCGGCAGCAUCAUCGGCUGCAGGGCCAACAGUCUUGAUCUCCGUCAUUCUCCUCCACUCAUGCGGCUUCCUCUUUGGCUGGAUCGUUCCAAAGCUGCUGGGCUACUCCGAGAGCGUCGCAAGGACAUGCGCGAUAGAGACGGGGAUACAGAGCUCGGCGUUUGCGGUGGUUCUUGCGACGAGACAUUUCCCCAACCCAAUUUUAACAGCUCUGCCAUGUGCACUGUCGGUAGGACAAGGGGAAAGGGUGACUGGGAAAAGGGGGCGGGGAUGGGGAGAGGAGCCGGAGGGAGGGGAGGGCUGGAGAAGGGGGGGCUCGUAAGGAUGGGGGCGGGACAGGGGAACGGAGGAAGAAGAAAGGAGGUAGGACUGAGAUUUGAGCAGGGGACGGUACAGAGUAUGCUCGGGUCUCUAAUGGCAAUAGUCUGGUGA